CUGAGCUCAAGAGAGGCUUCACGUUCCUCUCGUGUACUUACCAUCAUUGUUAUUGAUUUAAAGGAACAUGUUUACAGUUUUACACGUAGCAUGUUAAAUGUGAGCUGCCCUGGCUCCACUCACCGACCCCCUCCUCCCCCCCGGCUCGAAGUGUCCAGGACGCCCAUGAAGGAGAAUCUUUCCACCGGAAUGAGGCUAGUACGGGAAGUCCCCAUAUUGUUCAACCUCUUUGCAGCUUAGAGAAGGUGCGGAGGCAUGGCCCUGCAGGAGUCUCCCUUUCCCAACUGCCUUGUCGCAGGCCUCCAUGCGGUGGGAUGGGCAUUCAUCCUGCCUUGUUUCUGGUCUCUUGAUCACCUCGUCGCCGUGUGCAAGUCCACCACCUUGGAGCGAGAGCAGAGACUGGAGAAGGAAUGCUACCUUCACCCACUCAAGGUCUUUUUUGGCUUCAUUCUCUUCUUAAUUCUUUUUCUCGUAACAGCCCCCUUGGCCCUCCUGGGCUUUAUGCUCUGGGCUCCUCUUCAGGCCUUCCGCAGACCCUUUCGCUACCACAGGGAGACGCCGUCCUCACCGGAGACGGAGACACACAGGGGCUUUGAGCUGGUAGGAAAGGCAGCAUUUGGUUUCGCCACGGCCAACCUGUGUCUUUUGCCCGAUAGCCUGGCUCGCUUUAACAACCUAGCACACACUCAGCACAGGGCGACCACCAUUGGUCAGCGCAUUGUGCACGGUGUGUGUCGACCUCACAUCCGCAUCUUUGUAGAUUCCCCCAGCAGCUGUGGCACUCUCAGCCCCUCCGGCAGCAUCUUCCCCACGGGGAACUCAUCUACAUACGGUGCUACAGAUAGACAGGCCCAGGAAACCGUGAAUCCCCAUUCAGACUCAAAUGAAGGACAAGCUCCAAUCCCAAAGUCCAACAGCAACGUGGUUAGUGUGCCUUGUGAUGAUACAGAAGAGCCCUCGUCCGAGUCGCCCUCCCCCCUCCUCAAUUCCAACCAGAACCACAACCAGCAGGAGCGAGCGGGUCACCGGAGCGCUCCUCGAGCUUUGCUCUCCCAGGGUCUCCGCCAGCAGGACGAUGUACCUUGGGAGGUCUCGGCACUGUUUCCAGCCAACUUGGACAUACUUUGCCUGGAGGAAGUGUUCGAUAAGAGGGCUGCGAAGAAACUCACCCAAGCUCUAAGUCCCAUGUUUGGACACAUAUUGUACGACGUCGGUGUGUAUGCCUGCCAGCCGCCAUGCAGAUGUUCCUCUUUCAAGUUCUUCAACAGUGGACUGUUUCUAGCCAGCCGAUUCCCAGUGCUCGAGGCCCAGUAUCACUGCUUUCCCAACAGCCGUGGGGAAGACGCACUGGCUGCUAAGGGCCUCCUUUCUACUAAGCUGCUAAUUGGUCAGAAUAAGAAUCAGAAGAAUGUGGUCGGCUAUAUGAACUGCACACACCUUCAUGCACCAGAAGGUGAAGGUGAAAUUCGCUGCGAGCAGUUGAACAUGGUGACCAAGUGGAUCGGUGACUUUCAAGCUGCCAACAGAGACCCUGAUGAGGAGGUGGUUUUUGAUGUGCUCUGUGGUGAUUUCAACUUUGACAACUGCUCACCUGAUGACACCCUAGAACAGAAUCACUGUCUGUUUAAGGAAUACAGAGAUCCUUGCAGGGCAGGGCCGGGAAAAGAGAAGCCCUGGGUCAUUGGUACUUUACUGGAGCAGCCCACGAUGUAUGAGGACGACAUAAAUACCUCAGAGAAUCUACAAAGAACUUUGGAAAGUGAAGAGGUGAGAAAGCAUUACAUUUCCCCACCUGUCCCUGCGGAGGGCUUGCCACUGGUUUACCCUGAGCCCGGCCAGCCGUGGAUCGGACGUCGGAUCGACUACAUCCUGUUUCGAGAAAACUCCAUUUCAAGACAAUGCCGAACAGAAAUUGAAGAGGUGACCUUUAUAACGCAGCUGGCUGGCCUUACAGACCAUAUUCCUGUGGGCUUGAGACUGAAUGUAAUGAUGGACUCCGACUUAGCGGAUGAAUGAGGGCUAACAUGAUCACCGCUUCACGUUCACACAAAAGGGAACAAAAUGUACAAACCUGUACAUUAUUGUUUUGUUUACACUCAUGAAUUUGACAUUUCACUUACAAUGUACUGACCAAUGAUAUUAUACCUCAGGUGAAAUUAAUAUGGGUUUAUCAAAAUUUUAUAAUGUAGAUAAUCUUAUGCAUUAAGGCUCUUUAGGGCCAGAGGUAUUGAUUUUGUAAUGCUUUUUCCAUUCAUUAA